AUGACGGCUGAAGAAACAGUGAAUGUUAAAGAAGCUGAAAUAAUCAAACUAAUACUAGACUUUCUGAACUCAAGGAAACUUCAUAUCAGUAUGCUGGCACUUGAGAAAGAAAGUGGGGUCAUUAAUGGCCUGUUUUCAGAUGACAUGCUUUUUCUAAGGCAAUUGAUUCUUGAUGGUCAGUGGGAUGAGGUUCUUCAAUUUAUUCAGCCUCUUGAAUGUAUGGAAAAAUUCGACAAGAAAAGAUUUCGUUACAUUAUAAUGAAGCAGAAGUUCUUGGAAGCCUUAUGUGUAAACAAUGCGAUGUCAGCAGCAGAUGAGCCUCAACAUUACAGGGCUCUUUUUUCAAAACUGGAAUUUACAAUGCGAGAGGCUGUACAGUGCCUGCAUGCGUUGGAAGAAUAUUGUCCCUCUAAGGAAGACUAUAGUAAACUCUGCUUGCUACUGACACUGCCUCGCUUAACCAACCACGCAGAAUUCAAGGACUGGAAUCCCAGCACUGCACGGGUUCACUGCUUUGAAGAAGCCUGCGUCAUGGUGGCAGAGUUUAUUCCUGCCGAUAGGAAACUGAGUGAGGCUGGCUUCAAAGCAAGUAACAAUCGUUUAUUUCAGCUUGUAAUGAAGGGAUUGCUCUAUGAAUGUUGUGUGGAAUUCUGUCAGAGUAAAGCAACAGGAGAAGAAAUCACAGAAAGUGAAGUAUUGCUGGGCAUUGAUCUCUUGUGUGGUAAUGGGUGUGAUGACUUGGACCUUAGCUUAUUAUCAUGGCUGCAAAAUCUGCCAGCUACUGUAUUUUCUUGUGCUUUUGAACAAAAGAUGCUUAACAUUCAUGUUGACAAACUCCUCAAGCCUACAAAAGCUGCAUAUGCUGAUCUUUUGACACCUCUUAUCAGCAAACUUUCUCCUUAUCCAUCAUCCCCAAUGAGACGGCCUCAGUCAGCAGAUGCUUACAUGACCCGCUCCUUAAACCCUGCCUUAGAUGGGCUGUCAUGCGGAUUAACAAAUCACGAUAAGCGAGUCACAGACCUUGGGACCAAAACUUCGCCAAUGUCGCACUCCUUUGCUAAUUUCCAUUACCCAGGAGUACAGAAUCUCAGCCGAAGUCUCAUGCUUGAGAAUACUGAGUGUCACAGCAUUUUCGAAGAGUCACCUGAGCGAAGUGAUACUCCCGUGGAACCACAGCAUCCCAUCAGCAGUGAGACUUUGUGCCAGAGUUCAGUUCCAGAAAAUGAACCAGUUAAUGGAGCACAGAGUCAGGGAUCAGCCAAACAAGAGAAAAAUGAGCUUCGUGAUUCAACAGAGCAGUUUCAGGAAUAUUACAGACAAAGACUACGUUACCAGCAGCACUUAGAACAGAAAGAGCAACAACGACAGUUGUACCAGCAAAUGUUGUUGGAAGGAGGUGUAAAUCAAGAAGAUGGAACUGACCAGCAGCAGAAUCUUACUGAACAGUUUCUUAACAGAUCUAUCCAGAAGCUAGGAGAAUUAAAUAUAGGUAUGGACAGUCUUGGAAAUGAUGUACAAACACUUAGCCAGCAAUGUAAUGGGAGCAAAGGGAAUGCAUCUACAAAUCCAGCAAGUAAUUUUACAUCACCGCCUCCAGAUGCUAGUCAGAGGAUAACAACUGAUAGCCAAAAUGUUAGUACAAGCACUCCUCGAAAGCGUGGAUCAGCUAAUCAGAUACCCUUUCCUGAAGAGUCACCUGUACAGGGGAAUCAAACUGUAUCAGAACAUGCUGUCACUCAGCCACAGCUGGAUGACUCUUCAGGGAAUUUAAAUAGGACAAGAGGUGAUGAGGAUGACAAAUCAAAAAAGCAGUUCAUCUGCAUUAAUACUCUAGAAGACACACAAGCUGUCAGAGCUGUAGCCUUUCAUCCCAGUGGGAGUUUAUAUGCUGUUGGCUCCAACUCUAAAACUUUGAGAGUUUGUGCCUAUCCAGAAGUAAUUGACCCAAGUGCUUAUAAUACUCCUAAACAACCUGUAGUUCGCUUCAAAAGGAACAAGCAUCAUAAAGGAUCAAUCUACUGUGUAGCCUGGAGUCCCUGUGGACAGCUGUUAGCUACUGGUUCUAAUGACAAAUAUGUGAAAGUACUGCCUUUUAAUGCAGAAACUUGUAAUGCAACAGGACCAGAUCUGGAGUUCAGCAUGCACGAUGGGACAAUCAGAGACCUUGCAUUUAUGGAAGGCCCGGAAAGUGGUGGUGCUAUUUUAAUAAGUGCUGGAGCAGGAGACUGUAAUAUUUACACAACAGAUUGUCAGCGAGGACAAGGCCUGCAUGCUCUAAGUGGUCACACUGGUCAUAUUUUAGCGCUUUAUACAUGGAGUGGCUGGAUGAUUGCAUCUGGAUCCCAAGACAAGACUGUAAGAUUCUGGGAUUUGAGAGUGCCAAGCUGUGUUCGUGUUGUGGGAACAACAUUUCAUGGAACAGGAAGUGCUGUGGCCUCAGUAGCUGUUGAUCCUAGCGGUCGUCUCCUGGCUACAGGACAAGAGGACUCUAGCUGUAUGUUGUACGAUAUUCGAGGAGGACGAAUGGUGCAGAGCUAUCAUCCUCAUUCCAGUGAUGUUCGUUCUGUUCGCUUCUCUCCAGGGGCACACUACUUGCUCACAGGAUCAUACGAUAUGAAAAUAAAGGUGACAGACUUGCAAGGGGAUCUCACGAAGCAGCUUCCUCUUAUGGUGGUAGGAGAGCACAAGGACAAAGUUAUUCAGUGCAGAUGGCAUACACAAGAUCUUUCCUUCUUGUCAUCUUCUGCAGACAGAACUGUAACCCUUUGGACCUACAAUGGCUAGAGUGCAAACAAAGGCAACCUAUGCAGCUAAAGCACAGAGACCUGGGACUACAGAACUGUAAAAACAAAGUAAUAACAAUUAGGCAUUGAGAGAGCAGCAGUUGAGCAGCAGAGUGUCUUAUCAAGAGGAGGGGCACUUGUCACAGAUUUUUCUGGUUUCUAGGAGGUCUUGGUGUUUUUUAGUAUAUUCUUUUGCAGUGCUUUCAGUCUUCCAUGUGAACUCAUGCUGCUGUGACCUAUUGUAGUCUUGUUGCCAAAGUCUAUGAGGAGAACUCUUGUUGUCGAUGUGCACUCAAAGUAACAUGAAUGACGUGUUUACAGUUUGGUAUUAAUUGCAUUCCUUGGUCUUUGCCUCAAUGAGAAUUUUAUAUAGAAACUUGAGUUGAACAACACUUUAAUCAAGUCUGUAUGUAACUAGUUACACACACACAUAAAGGAUAAAUUCCUUCCACUGUUUUUUCAGAUUUAUUAUAUUCAUUACCUCUCAACAAGAGGUCAGACUUUAUAACAUCUCCACAAUUUCAACUUUUUUAGUAAAAAA